GGGCGAUUGGAUCGCGUUCGCAUAUCGUCUCUCAUUGUUGUCUGCUGUCGAAAAAGUGAUUUUACAAUAAAUAUCGACAAAAAACGACACAGAAAACAGAUACGGAUAUUGUGUUAUCGCAAAAACGUGAUAAAAAAUAAUCCAAUAAAUACCAAUUAAAAGCAACUUCUGUGAUUGUUUUGUAUGUAAACUUCUGUACAAAUAGUGAAUUAAAAGUAAUUUAAUCAAGAAACAAAUACAUGAAUCAAAGUCAUGUAGUGACAAUUUAUGACUAUUGCGUAGAAAUUAUGAUGCUGGUUCUCAAUUGAAUUCAAAUUAAAAUUAAUUUAAAAUUAUUUCGAAUAAUUCAAAGACUUUACAAAAGACAAAACAAAUAAAUAUGAAUAGAAAGGAAAAAGUGCCUUCGUCUCCAAAGGAGAAUCCUGUGAUAAAAGCAAAUUUCAUAUCGACCAUGACUUAUUGGUGGUUGCGACAUAUUUUUGUCAAAGGAUAUAAAAAACCGAUAGAAGAGGAAGAUGUUUUUGCCUGUUUGAAGGAACAUGAAAGCGAUGGUUUGCACAAAAUUAUGGGGAAAUUGUGGGCAGAGGAGAAAGUGAAAAAGAAACCCAGUAUGUUAAGGGUGUUUUACAAAGCGUUUGGACCUAAAACGCUGUUUUGGGGUUUAGUAUUUUCCUGCGUUGAGUCAGGAGUGAGGCUCAUCCUUCCAUUAUGUUUAGGCAAUUUAGUGACAUAUUUCGCACCGGGACAGACUCAACUAACAAAAAAUGACGCAUAUUUAUGGGCAUCGGGAAUCGUUAUAUGUUCCCUUAUCCCUGUACUUACCUUCCAUCCCUUUAUUAUGUUCAUCUUUCAAGUUGGCAUGAAACUUCGAAUUGGUUGCUGUUGUCUCAUCUACGAAAAAACCUUAGCUCUCAAAAAAUGCGCCAUAAUUGACGGUUUGGGAGGGCGUGUCAUCAAUUUAAUGUCCAACGAUGUAGCAAAGUUCGAAAUAGCCCUUUGCUUCUUGCAUGACUUGUGGAAAGGGCCAUUAGAACUGUUUCUAUUAGGAUAUUUUAUUUAUCGCGAAAUUGGCGUUGCGGGAAUUCUCGGGCUUGGAUUCAUGUUGAGCUUUAUUCCGUUGCAAGCAUGGGUUGGCAAACGUGCUGCUGUUUAUCGGUUGAAGACAACAAAGCGCACGGAUGUUCGUGUGAAGCUGAUGAACGAAAUUGUGCAAGGAAUUCAGGUUAUUAAGAUGUAUGCGUGGGAAAAUUCGUUUGCGAAGAUGAUUGCCAAAGUUAGAAGAAAAGAAAUAAACGCCGUCAAAGGAGGAGCCUACAUCCGUGCAACUCUCUUAUCUUUCUUCAUGGUAUCUCGUGUCUCCAUCUUUUUGAGUCUCAUCAGCUACGUUUACUUCGGAAAUGUCAUUACCGCACGCAAAGUUUUCAUCACAACCUCCUAUUUCAACGUCUUGAACGAAAGCAUGGUUCAUUUUUGGCCUCUCGCCAUCACUUUUGUCUCCGAGGGAUACAUUUCCGUGCAACGAGUUUUGGAUUAUCUCAUGAUAAGUGAACAAAAACCUCAAUUCGAAGAGAAAAAAAUCAAUUCAAACGGCGUAAAUGACUCAAAAGAAGCUCCAAAAAUGAACGGACACGUAAAAUCUUCAACAGAAAAGCCCCAACGACACUUCCAUACGUACGAAAACGUCACAAAACCUCGCAUUUUGAUGUCAAAUGUCACGGCGAAUUGGACAAUUGCUGAACAAGAACCAAACCCCGGCUUGGAAAACGUCGAUUUGUCAAUUACGAAUGGCUUGACGACCCUAAUUGGACCUGUUGGAUCGGGAAAAAGUACAUUUUUGCAAGUAAUUUUGGGCGAACUUGAACUGGAUGACGGGCAAAUUCACGUUGAUGGCGUCGUGAGUUACGCUUCGCAAGAAACGUGGCUCUUUGAGGGCUCAAUUCGACAAAAUAUCGUCUUUAUUGAGGAUUUUGACGAAGAAAGGUACCGAAAAGUGGUCAAAGUUUGUGCUUUGGAGAAGGAUUUCGAGCUUUUGCCGUAUGGAGAUGCCACAAUUGUCGGCGAACGAGGCAUUUCGUUGAGCGGCGGGCAAAAAGCGCGAGUCAAUUUGGCACGUGCGGUGUACAAAAAAGCUGAUAUUUACCUCUUAGAUGACCCCUUGAGUGCUGUGGAUGCUCACGUUGGGCGUCAUAUCUUCGAUAAAUGCAUCCGCGGGUUCCUGAGUGACAAAAUUUGCGUUUUGGCGACGCAUCAGCUGCAAUAUUUGAAGGAUUGCAAGCACAUUGUCCUCAUGAACGACGCGAAAAUCGAAGCUCAAGGCUCGUAUCAGACCCUAAAAGAGCAAAAACAGAGCAUUUUAUCGCUGCUUCCGGAAGACAACUCCCUUGAAACUCCGGUGCACGAACAAAAAGAACCAGAUUUCAUCCCAAAUUCGGACAAACACAAACCGCUCGAAGACGAUGACGACGACUACCCGGAACAAGUGAAGGAAAAUCAAGAAACGGGCGCCGUGAAUUUGCGCGUUUACAAAAAUUACUUCCGUGCUGUCAACAGUAAUUUGUGGAUUUUUUCCGUUUUUUUGCUGUGUCUUUUGGCGCAAUGCACUUAUUCGGGCGUCGAUAUGUUCGUCGCGGAAUGGGUCAAUUGGGAGGAGUCGUUGGGUGCUGUGGGUCACUUUUUGGAGGAUUUUGCCGUUUUUGUCGGGAAAUUGUUCAAUUUGGAGGAUCCAAGAAGAAGUAAAGCGGUUUUUAAUGCAACUACGAAUUUGACAACGAUGGAGACGGAAUCAGGACUUCCCGUGGAAACGAUAAGGCAGAGAUAUAUUUAUGUUUAUUCGGCAAUUAUGGUUGUUCUUGCUUAUCUCUCGAUUCAUCGGACGUUUGCGUUUUUCUAUUUAGGUCUCAGAAUAUCAAAAAAUUUGCACGACAAAAUGUUCCGCGGAGUAACGCGAGCCACAAUGUACUUCUUCAACACAAAUCCAUCGGGUCGAAUAUUAAAUCGUUUCAGCAAAGACACCGGAAACAUCGAUGCUGUGCUUCCCGGAGCCCUUUUGGACUGUAUUUGGUUCCUUUUUGAGAUGUUUGCUGUGAUGACAGUUGUUGCCAUUGUGAAUUAUUGGCUUUUGAUACCGACUUUGGUGCUUGCGGUUUUAAUGUUCCUCAUUCGAGAUAUUUAUGUGAGGACUUCAAGGAGUGUGAAACGCGUUGAAUCGCUUUCUCGAAGCCCGAUGUUUUCUCACACAAACGCGACUUUGAACGGUCUCUCAACAAUUCGCGCGUUCAAAGCUUCCGACAUCCUUCAAGAUGAGUUCGCCCAUUUGCAGAAUUUUAACUCGGCGACUUAUUAUCUCUCACUGACAACAACUCGUGCCUUUGCUUUUUGGCUUGAUUUUACAUGUGUCUUGUACAUCGCAAUUGUGACAUUCAGCUUCCUCUUUAUGGAUAACGGUUCAGGCGGAUCUGUCGGUUUGGCAAUAACGCAAAGUAUAACGUUGAUCGGGAUGUGUCAAUGGGGCAUGCGACAAACGGCAGAGCUCGAAAAUCAAAUGGUUUCUGUCGAAAGAGUCGAGGAAUACGUGAAUUUGCCUUCAGAACCGCCAAUGGAGACAGAUCCGGAGCACAUGCCGAAGGGAGAAUGGCCCAAUGAGGGAAGAAUCAAGUUUAGUAAUCUGAGUUUGCGUUAUUCGGAAGAAAGUGAGUACGUGUUGCAACGAUUGACGUUCGAAAUUGAGCCGAAAGAGAAAAUUGGGAUUGUUGGAAGAACGGGCGCGGGCAAAUCAAGCAUCAUCCAAGCCCUUUUCCGUCUCGCCCCCAUUGAGGGUCUCAUCAAAAUCGACGAUGUCGACAUCCAAAAACUCGGUUUGCGUGAUCUUCGCAGCUCCAUUAGCAUCAUCCCGCAAGACCCGAUUCUCUUUUCGGGCACGAUGCGUUCAAAUUUAGACCCAUUCGAGGAAAAAACCGACGCCGAGCUGUGGCAAGCUUUGGAACAAGUCGAACUGAAGGAAGAAGUUGCUUCACUCACGGGCGGCUUGGAAUGCAAAAUGAGCGACGGCGGAAGCAAUUUCAGCAUGGGACAACGUCAACUCGUGUGUUUAGCGCGUGCCUUGCUUCGCAACAAUAAAAUCCUCAUUUUAGACGAGGCAACAGCGAAUGUCGACCCCGAAACGGAUAAAUUCAUUCAAACGACAAUUCGGGAGAAAUUUGGACAUUGCACGGUUCUGACAAUCGCACAUCGACUUCACACCGUCAUGGAUUCGGACAAAGUUCUCGUCAUGGAUGCCGGGCAAGUCAUCGAAUUCGAUCAUCCGCACGUUCUGAUGCAAAAUCGCGACGGCAUGUUGCGAAAACUCGUCGAUAAAACGGGCAAACAAACGGCGAAAAUGCUCAAAGAAAUCGCCGAGGAGAGUUUUAGGAGCAAAAAGAAAGAUUUGUAG